AUGAAGAGAGUUAGGGAAUCGAACGACGUGAACCCUCCCCCCAAAAUCCCGAAAACAAGGGAAUCUCUCAAUACGGGAGAUGAAAAAGUUUGUGAUUGGCAGGCAUCUCUUGGCUGUUCAUUGGCAGAAAGACUCGAAAAAAUCGAUACUGUACAACACUUAACAACACGUCAGAUUAAAAAGUUGUUAAAGGAUGUUCUGACUAACGAAGACGUUGUGAUUGCUUUACGUCGGUACAUCAAUGGUGAAUUUAAAGAGCCUGAAACUGGUGAAGUUUCAGCUGCUACUCGAAGGCGAGCCAAAUCGUUGGGAUUAUUUUCUGUCCUCAGCAAUCUUAGAGGAGAGUUGAAUUGCCCACUGGAGUCCAGGGCUAUUACUCGGUCACUUAUGCGCCGUUUUCAAGACUCGUUGCAAAAUCACUUGCCACGUCCUGUUCCUACGGAGGUGAAGCAACCGUGUACCAUCCUAGAUAUACAAUUUCCUGAUGAAGAUGAAAGCACCGAAAAAAACGUAGCAAACACCUUGAAUACUUCAUCGGCUGACAGUGAUUAUCAACCAAAUGACAAGGACUAUGAAAUUUUAAGGCGUGAUAGAGUACUCGACUUUACUGAAGCAUCUAAAAGUACUUCAUCUGUUAUAGACUUAGAAAAUGAAACUAGUCGUAACAGUAUCAAAAGCUUCAGCAGCAGUAGUAGUGAAAGUGAUUCAAAAGUGGAUUUGGACUCAGUUGAUUCCGUUCACACUAACAAUAGAAACAGUUUUCUUUCCUAUGAAAGUGAUAGCCAAGACUUACCAACACCUCGUUUCACACGGUCUCAAGCUAAGUCCUUUAGUGGUGGUUUGUCUGAAGCCAGAGAUAUGUUUCUUACAGAAAUCUGUUUUGACGGAGUUGAAAGUCCUGGUUCCAACAUAUCUUUUCAGUUGAAUAGCACUGUCCGACCUUCGCCGCCUGAUAAUGCUUUUUGUUGUGCUGAUGCCGAGGGUGAAGAAGAAGGUAGAGAAAUGAUUGCAGCAGAAGGUGCAGAUGUUGGCAACAACACAAUAAAAAACAAUGAUCUAAAUACAGAAAAUGAUGUUUAUGCUCAGUUUCUCCGAUCAUUAUUCUCUUCUGUUUGCAACUCAACAAAUUCUUCACCUAACAAAUCCAAUUCACGGAUGACUGCUUCAGUAGAUACAUCUUCAAUCUGUGAAAGACUUUUAGAAAAGAAUUCAAAUGACAAUGAAUGUUUGUCAUCAAUUAAACACCAAUCUGAUUUUCACAAUUCUGAAAGGAAAUCAUCGUGGUUAUCAAACUGGCUAGUCCAAAAGGAUGGUAAUAAUGAUGAUGAAGACGAUCCAGAUGAUCCGGAAUUUGAUGUUAUGGCAGAAUUGGACGAUAUCGAUAGAGAGGAUUUCUUCUAUGAACUGCGAGAUGACCGUGCUGUUCGAGUAUCGAAGAUGGAAGCGAAGAAUUUGCAUGAAGAUCUGCGUGAACUGUUCAAUUCUGAAGACGAACAUGAAACUCGUUCACGUGAAUCGAAAACGCCUUCAGUCCUAACAAUGAAGGCUUAUGGUCAACGUUUAUUCCACAUGGAUCAUAAUUCACGCACCCGGAACAGCAAUCAAACUGAAGGUUGUAACAGUCCACAUCAUAUUCAAUCCUCAGUACCGUACGCAAUUCCUCCUAAGGAUAUAGAUGUUCCUGUGAAUCCAGUUCCUGCUCGACGUCGUAUCACCCUUACAGGUGCGGAAUUGGUUCGCUUAGAACGUCAGCUGGCAAUGCACAUACAAUUGUUAGCUACAAACUUCUUAUUGACGUAUGAUUUUCCUGAUAUGCAUGAAACAGCUACUCGGCCAUGUGCAUCUCUUCUCAAAACUUUGGUUGCCAAACGUCAGGCUUUUGAUUUACUCGCACUUCAAAAAAUAUCACGAACAUAUCUCAUCCUGUUACUAGCUUCUAUUGGCAUUGUCCUACCCUAG